AUGGCGCCCCGGCCGGCUCCCAGCGCCCCGGUGGCCUUGGAGGCCGGCGAUAACGCGGGCCUCCUGGCCGCCGUCCUCAUGGCCCCUGCCAUCGGCAGCGCCGACAUGGACAGAAGCUGGCUGCUGCUGCUGUUCCUUGUACUGCAGCCACCAUGGUGUCUCGGUGCCAUCCUACCUGAGAAGCAGGCCCAAGACCUCGUUCCGGCUCCCCACGAGAAGCCUGGCCUCCCCCAGUCUCUGCCGACCCCUUGGCCAGUGGAAGAGGAGAACCCCGCCUUCUGGAACCAAAAGGCCGCCGAGGCCCUGCUGGCCGCCAGAAGCCGGCAGCCCCUUCAGACCUCAGCCCACAACCUCAUCCUCUUCUUGGGAGACGGCAUGGGGGUGUCCACAGUGACGGCCACCCGCAUCCUCAAGGGGCAGAUGGAGGGCCAUCCUGGACCUGAGACGCCCCUGGCCAUGGACCGCUUCCCUUAUGUGGCUCUGUCCAAGACCUACAACGUGGACAGACAGGUCCCAGACAGCGCGGGCACAGCCACGGCCUUCCUGUGCGGGGUCAAGGCCCACUUCAAGACCAUCGGGCUGAGCGCGGCCGCGCGCUUCAACCAGUGCAACACCACCUUCGGCAACGAGGUCUCGUCUGUGAUGCACCGCGCCAAGCGAGCAGGGAAGUCGGUGGGCGUGGUGACCACCACCCGCGUGCAGCACGCGUCCCCCGCGGGCACCUACGCGCACACGGUGAACCGCAACUGGUACUCAGACGCCGACAUGCCGGCCUCGGCGCUGCAGGAGGGCUGCCGGGACAUCGCCGCCCAGCUCGUCUCCAACAUGGACAUCGACGUGAUCCUGGGCGGGGGCCGCAAGUUCAUGUUCCCCAAGGGGACCCCGGACCCCGAAUACCCGGCGGACGCCACGCGGGCAGGAAGCAGGCUGGACGGACGCGACCUGGUGCAGGAGUGGCUGGGGCAGCACCAGGGGGCGCAGUACGUGUGGAACCGCACAGGCCUCCUGCAGGCGGCCCAGGACCCCGCGGCCACUCACCUCCUGGGCCUGUUCGAGCCCACCGAGAUGAAGUACGAGAUGACCCGAGACCCCGCGCUGGACCCGUCCCUGGAGGAGAUGACGGAGGCGGCGCUGCGGGUGCUGAGCAGGAACCCGCGGGGCUUCUACCUCUUCGUGGAGGGCGGCCGCAUCGACCACGGCCACCACGAGGGCAUCGCACACAAGGCGCUGACCGAGGCCGUCAUGUUUGACGCCGCCAUCGAGAAGGCCGCGCUGCUCACCGACGAGCGGGACACGCUGACCCUCGUCACCGCCGACCACUCCCACGUCUUCUCCUUCGGGGGCUACACACGGCGGGGCACCUCCAUCUUCGGCCUGUCCCCCGAUAAGGCCCUGGACGGCAAGUCCUACACGUCCAUCCUCUACGCCAACGGCCCCGGCUACGCGCUGGGCCAGGGCGCGCGGCCAGACACCCGGGAAAGCGAGAGCGGCGCGCCCACCUACCGGCAGCAGGCGGCUGUGCCCUUGGCCUCGGAGACGCACAGCGGGGAGGACGUGGCGGUGUUUGCGCGCGGCCCGCAGGCGCACCUGCUGCAUGGCGUCCAAGAGCAGAACUACAUCGCGCACGUCAUGGCCUUCGCCGCCUGCCUGGAGCCCUACACCGACUGCGGCCUGCCGCCCCCCGCCGGGCACGGACAAAGCGCGGGGUCCGGCCAGGCCGCCUCGGCGGGGUCCGGCCUGAACGCCACUGAGACUCGCGUGCCCGUGCUGCUGUGGGCGCUGCCCGUGCUGCUGCUGCUGCCGCUGCUGCCGCUGCCGGCGCUGCUGCCUGUGGCAGCCAUGGCGCCUGAUGAAUCCUGAAUCCCAGAUGCUGCGGCUCCCACUCCACCUUAGGCUGGCUUCGCUCCACACCGGUUGUUCGGGGAGCUGUUCUCUCUACCUCUGCCGGAGCCUCACACAGCUUCCUGUUCUGGGGCCUCCUCCAGAGCCCCGACCAGCGGAGCUCAGAAGUAACCAGCGGGCCUGGGUGGCGCAGUCAGCCCCGCUGUCCCCGUGGGCCAGGACUGGAUGGGACCUGUGCUGCCUCUCUUGGUUUGGGCUCCUCAGCAGCUCAGCCCACAAGCUGGGUGGGCUGGGGGCCUGAGUCCGCCAGGAC